CUGCUUAAAUUAUUCUGCACAUAUUUUCUCAUCUCAACUUUCCUCUCCCCAAGGCGAAGACAUCCCAACCUUCCUCUCAAAGAACAAGUGCACCCAAGAACAUCUUCUCCAACUCACCCACACUCCUAGCAGGGCAUGGCUCCUGCCGCCCUUGUGUUUGCCGGGAAGUCGGUGGCGAUUCCAGCCAUCAGCUUCUUGGUCAACAAAGCCUUCAGCUACCUGAAUGAGUACUUCAAAGUUGAUGGCUACGAUGAGAUUCAGCGCAGAUUAGAGCAAGCCUUGCCCAAGAUCCAAGCUGUGUUUCAGGUCAUCAACCCAGAGCGUAUCAAGGAGGAGAGCAGCGCGCUAGAUGCGUGGCUGUGGCAGCUCAGGGAUGCGUACGAGGAGGCCGAGGAUGCUGUCGAUGAGGUCGAGUACUACAAGCUCAAGGAGAAGGCCGAGGACCUCAAGGUGAGUGACUGGGGCUCCUCUUUUGCUAAGAUGAAGCAUCGUGCUAUCAAGUCUGUUAUGCAUGCUAGUGUUCUGGAUAAGACUAUCAGGGGGUUGACUCACCGUGGCACUCUCAAGAAACUGCAGAAAGCUGUGGAGGGUUUAGACAAGGCUGCUUCAGGUGUAGAGGGUUUUCUGGGACUUGCCGGCAACCUCAGAGGAAGUACUACUAGCCGUCAGGAAGAGGAUUAUCUGAACAAGGAUCGUGAAACAGGUUCCAUGAUAACUGCACCUAAAGUGUUUGGUCGGCAAGAGGAUUUGGAGCGACUAAUUGGAUGGCUGACCAAGCCAUCAGUUGGAGAUGCUGAAAUUGAGGAGAGCAAAGUAUCUGUUGUUUCCAUAGUUGGUCACGGUGGGAUGGGCAAAACUACCCUGGCACAACUCAUCCACAAUGAUGACACUAUCAACAAGCACUUUAAUAAGGUGAUCUGGGCAUGUGUAUCCACUAGCUUUAAUGCAAAGGAUGUAAUAAGCAAGAUGUUGGAAAAUGCUGGAUGGCAAACAACUGAUGUUAGUACUUUGGAAUCGUCGCAGAGAUUUCUUGGAAAGAAAUUGAGAUCCGUGAAAUUCUUGCUUAUUUUGGAUGAUGUUUGGGAGGACAAAAAAGAUGACCAAUGGGAGAAGUUACUUGCUCCUUUGAGGGAAGGGGAGAAAGGAAGCAAGAUCUUGCUGACAACACGCAUAGAAAGAGUGGCAGAGAUGGCAGAAAAUGUUAUGAGAGGUGAAAAUAAACACCAUAAACUGCAAGGCCUCGAUGAAUGUGCUAACAUAGAGCUUUUCAGGCAUCAUGCUUUUUGCAGUCCUGAUCUCCAAGAUGGUGCAGCCUUCAACCAAACUGGAGAAAAAAUUGCCAAGAGUCUCAGAGGUUGUCCGUUGGUGACAAAGGUUGUAGCCGCACAUCUGCGAGAUAAUAUGAGAUUGGAUUACUGGAAUGAGUUCCUGACGCAAAGUUUGCAACAUUUUUGUGGAAGUUCAGAGGAUAUUAUGAAUGUUCUCAGGUUAAGCUACUAUCAUCUACCACCAAAGUUGCAAACUUGCUUCCGUUUUUGCAGUUUAUUCACACAAGAUUAUAGAUUUAACAAGAAUGAUCUAGUCGAGAUGUGGGUAAACUCAGGCUUGAUCUCACAUAAUGAAUCUGAAACUUGUCUCGUGAAGAUUGGAGAAGAGUACCUGGUUCAACUGAUUAGGAAAUCAUUCUUAGAUCUCAGCUUCUAUGUAGAUCGUUUUGGUCAAGCAAAAGAAAAUUCUGGAUACUAUAUUAUGCAUGACUUAAUGCAUGAUUUAGCAACAAAUGUUUCUUUUGGAGAAUGCGUACGGAUAGCUGAUGUUACCAGCCUUGAGAAUGUGGUGAGCACAGUUCGACACAUUCGUGUUGAAUAUAUUUAUAAAUUCCCUGUGGAAAAGAUUAAGAAAAUAUCCCGUUUGGAACAUUUGCGCACCAUUAUCAUCAAAGAUGGGCAUACUAAUGUGGAAGAGAAUAUAGAUAUUCUAAAUGCUGUGGAACAGCUUGUUGCGGGAUCAAAAUCCUUGCGUCUGCUUGAAACAGAAUUAUGGCACACAUCCCAUUUUGCCAGUAAACUUGCAAAGUUGAAGCACCUUCGUUGCAUCAAAUUGAAAAAUACAUACACAGCACAAGAAAGCAUGUCUGGAGUUUUCAAAUUGUAUCACUUAACAACAUUGAAAUGGAAAUCUGUGAAUAUAGGAUCAAAACAAGUAAGGGAUGUUGGGUACCUUGACUGCUUACGGCACGUGUCAUAUGGACCACAUGGAUGCAGUAUGGUCCCAAUAGGCAGACUGACUUCUCUUCAAUUCUUACCUGAUUAUCGUAUCAGGAGAGUAAAAGGUUACAGUAUAAGUGUGCUCAAAGAUUUGGGAGGCCUCCGUUCCAUUUCUGUUCACGGCCUUGAGAACGUUCAUAACCAAGAAGAGGCAAAGGAGGCCAACAUGAAGUCAAAGAAAUACCUCGAAUCAUUACAUCUACAAUGGUGGAGACGCAGUGGUGAUCAAAGUAGUACUGCUGAGCUGAUUGCUGACAGCCUUGAGCCACAUGCCAAUCUUAGAAAUCUAAGUAUUUCAGGUUUCGGUGGCCGUAGAAUUCCACAUUGGAUUACAGAACCCUGUGUAGAAAACCUUGUAAAGCUUAAUUUCAAUGGUUGUGCACAUAUUGAAGAACUCCCAAACCUUGAAAUGUUACUAAAGCUCGAGGAUUUAAGAUUAGAUGGUCUUACUAGACUGAGAAGAAUUGGUCCGGAGUUAAAUACCUUGGGAGAUGGGUGUAUGGAGCUGUUCCUGCCACCAAGGCUUCAUACACUUGAUGUGAGACGUUGCUUUGAACUUGAGGAAUUGCCUCUUCUACCUCCUACUUUGGUGUUACUGGAAAUUGAUUAUUCCGGAUUGACCAGGCUUCCAAGAAUAGCUGAGCUGCAGAACCAGAACAAUGAAACUGUAUCGUCCCUGCUGAAGGAAAUCAAGGUCAGUCGUUGUCAGAGUUUGAAUUCACUUGUGGGGAGCCUAUUCGAGCAAAAACAAUUCAUGGGAACUCUAUGUGAAAUGAGCAUCAUUGACUGUGAGCAUCUGGAAUCUGCACCCUUACCUUUUGAAGAAAUGAAUGGACUUGGUGAACUUUUUAUAAAUAACUGUCCAGAGUUGAGGAUGCUAAGAGGUGCUGAAGAUAACCUUUCUCUUUCUCUAUCGUCACUUAAACGUCUAAAAAUGGGGCAGUGUGGUGACUUGGAACUUCUGCUGCUUCAGUCACUGCAAGCGUUUACCAAUCUCUCCAGUUUGAGCCUCAGAAACUGCUUGGUAUUGGAAUCCCUCCCAUCCGCAGAUGUAUUUCGGAGUCUCAUGUCGUUGCGAAACAUUGAGAUGAAUGGAUGCAGGAAUCUGUCAUCCCUGGGGGGGCUCGAAUCCGUUCGAUGCCUCAAGCGUUUAAGUAUCUCCAACUGCAGUAAACUCAAAGAGGUUGGGCUAUCCCUAACUCCGGACGUAUUUGGUUGCCUCGAAGAGCCUAGAAGGUUCAUGCAAUUCGAUUGCAUUAACAUCGACCACCCCUGCCUGGUGCUUGUUGAGCCACUCAAGAGUCUAUGCACAACCACUCGUCUGGACAUUCGAGAUGGGUCAGAGAUGUUGAACGUAAUUGAGCCAUGGCUGCUACAUAAUUGUACAUCCCUUCGGUUCCUAUACAUAUUUAAAGCCAGUUUCGAAUCGCUCCCACCGAGCAUAAGAGAACUCUCCUCUCUCAAGUCGUUGUGCGUGUAUGAAUCCAAUCAUCUCCGUUCACUGUCAAGUUUGCCCUCCUCCCUACUGUCACUAUUUAUUAUGGAGUGCCAUCCAGAGCUGCGGAAGAAAGUUAAAGAGCAUGGAAGCAUUGAAUGGAACAAGAUUUGCCAGAUCCCUAAUGUGCAAAUAGGAGAUUGCUGCUUCAGGAAGGGUGAACAGUACAUCGAAAAAAGAGCCGAUGAUUCAGGGGUCACUUGGACUGCGGUGAUGAAUCACACAAACAAAACUCAGUUCUUGAGCAGAGUAUUUUGUUCUCCAGGAAGCCAAGAGCCACAAGAAAUUCUAAAAACCAAUUAAUGAUAGCUAUCCAUUGAUCUUGAUACGAUGGCUAAAAACUAGGAAGAACCUUGGAUGUGGGUCGGGAACUAUAUUCAAUUGACCGGGGAACUAAAUUUAAAGGUCACUAGAAAUGAAAUGCCCUAUCAGGCGCCUUAGUAGCCAUAAAUAUUGAAAUAAUAGAAAUACGAUUUGGCUAUGGACAUAAUACUUCAAGCUUUGCUACUA